AUGUCGCCCGUUCACAGCACCGAACUCGAGGCCCAUCCCGCCGAAGCUCAGUACCAGAGCCAGAAAAUGUUCCUCAACGUCCCGUGUCAGAGCCGACCACCAUCUGCGGCACCAAAAACCGGAAACAAAACCCCAAGGAUGGUGAGACCUGGCAUCAAAGCUGCCAGGGACAUGCCUAACAGUCAAGGAUCUCGAACGGCGACCAAGAAGAAGCAGUGCCGGCCGGUUUCCACCUUAACACCCGAACAAUUACAGCGCAAGAGAGCCAACGACCGAAAGCUCCAGCGCGGUUAUCUGCUAAAGACCAAGCAAACCAUCCGUUCUCUCGAGAAGGAGGUAGAGGAUCUGGAACGACUCCGGGUUGAUGAUUCUAAGACCAUUCAGGAGCUCUGCCAACGCAACCAAGAUCUUCAUAUCGAGCUUAUUUCCGGUUACAGGGCAAUAGGCAUCCAAUACUCAUAUUGGGCGGCUACAGGAGGAACUACUGGCGGUGGGGACCCUUCAAGUACUGCCGAAAACUGA